GCCAACUACGUCUGAGUUUUGGAACAGGCUCCGAACGUGUGAACCUGUGAUCCGAUCGUAAGAUGGUCUCCUCUCAUCCGUCAAUCACCCGAUCCUGACUAAUGGUUUGGUCGUCACCUCCAAGAAGAAGAAAUGAUGGGAAUAAGUGAACGUACGCCGCCUAUUUCUCUCAGGAUUUAUUGGAAUGCUCAUGACUUUGGUAGGCCCAAGAAUCAUUUUUGAGGAUAUCGAAUGGGGAAUGGCAGUCGCCGGCUGAUCUCUCGCUCGCAGGACUCUGCCACUUCUGCGAUGGAUUUAGACAUUACAAUAUUGACGAUCUGUCAUAAAAUUCUUUGGUGUCGAAAGGCUUCAUUUUCUGAAGCUGGUACUCAUUGUAGACUUGGCUUCUCUCUGAAACCGGACUGAGAUGCAGAGGUGUAAAGAAUGUGGGGAGCCCGUAGGGCGGUUCCAGGAGAAGAAGCAAAGAAUAAUAGAUAACGCGAUUGGGUUGCGUUUCUUUAAGAUCAUGAUCGGAGAUUUCACUUCAAACCUUUGCAUUCCUCCAGCCUUUGCAAGUCGUAUCAGGGUGGACAAGUGCGCCACUGCCACCUUAAAUAACCGCACAUCUAUCCCCUGGCCUGUGAAAGUACAUUGGGAAAACAAUCUUUUGUUUCUAGGAGAUGGUUGGCGAGAAUUUGCUGAGCAUCAUUCUCUGCAAUAUGGAGAUUUUCUGGUGUUUAAUCACAAUGGUGACUUGGAUUUUGAUGUCCAAAUAUUUGAUAGAAGUGGGUGUGAAAGGGUGGCUGCACACCUCGCCAAGAGGGGGAAGGUACACAAGGUGGAGGAAGAAGCUAAAGAGCCGCACGGUCCAUCAAAAGGUCCUUUGAAUGACUCACUCGUCUUGGGAGGAGCCAUGGGGAAAAAACCACUGAAUCCUGGAAAAGCUCUCUCUCUUUCUGAUCAUCCUGCAUUCAUGUCCACUUAUCGAUAUGCUUCAGGACGGCGGGAAGUUACCAAAGAAGAAAGGCUGCAAGCUUUAGAAGCAGCUCACAGCUUGAAACUAAAUCGACCUCAUUUUACAGUUACCAUGUCUGAAUCAAAUGUCUACAUGAGAUUUACGGUGAGCAUACCAAGGAGUUUUUUGCUCAAAUGUUGCUUGAACAAUGAAGUAACUCUUCGAAACUCAAAUGGUAUGUCAUGGCAAGUCGGAUGUUGUUACCAUGCAGAUGGCCGUGCUGAAUUUAUACGUGGUUGGGGCCCUUUUUCGCUUGCUAAUAAUUUGGAAGAAGGAGAUGUGUGUGUUUUUGAGUUAACUCACGAGGACUCUGCGAUGGAUGUACACAUUUUCAGGGUGGUGGAUGAAACUACCCUACCUUUUCCAUGCCAAAAGCUGCCCAAGAAAUCAUCCAAGCAGAAGAAAGGCUGCGGCCAUUGGAGAUACUUACCUCUGCAAGCUAAGUUUUUGUUGCAAGUAUUUUUGGCUCGUAGACAUGAAGAGGUCCGAGCUGUGUCAUGAGAGCUGCCUGGGAGAAAAGGAGAUGGCGCCAGAGUAUUUCUUCACGAUCAUGGUUAGCGACUUCGAUUCCAUACUAGUGAGCGUCGCCAAUCGCCAAGCCUUUUCUAUUACGUGUUUAUUUUCUGCUUGUUCUUUUUUCUUUUUUUUGAAGGUUGGUUUCUCUGUUUCAUGCCGGAACUGCGUAUCAGUAUCAUGUUCUUCUCCUUUCCCUCUGUACAUGUUCUGUGAUAUCCACCAAUCCUCUCGACAUGAUUUAUGCGAUUUUCUGCCUUUAGGCUUUGCAUUACUUCUUGGUUCGUCUCACUAAAAGAACACUCUUGUAAAGGUUACCUACUUGUCUGGUGCUUGUUGUGCAAUAUGAAAUCCAUUAUAUUUUAGAUUACCGUACCUUGUUUUUUUAACAGGACAUGGCUAUGGUAAACUCUAUUAUGGUUGUUACAAUAUGAUCAGACGAAUCAAAUAUUUUCUUUUCAAACUUUGAGACUAUUUUUCCCGGUUGCUUGCUUGAUCUUUCACUGAGAUAAUCUUGAUGAGACUCGUAGAUUCAGUGGGCUCUAAUAUUAAUGAAGUGUCAAAAGAAUCAGUAAUUUGAUCGGAUGAUGAACAUACCUUUUUCUUUCUCCACCAUCACCCUUGGUGUAUAUGUAAAUGCAAAUUAACUUCGGCUCUGUUAGUUUCAAUCUUCAUUCAUUUUUUUAGGCGCAUACUUUUUCGUUUCGCAAAAUUCUGUGAAAUCCCCACCUUUUCCUUUAUUGCGAAAAGACAUUUUUCAAUACUACCAACGUGGAAGAAAUGAAAGAAAAAGAAUCUAAAGAUGAAAACUUCGGCCUCCCACAAGAAGUUUGGAGAAGAAGGUCAUGAACAUGAACCACAUGAUAUUUCCUAUGUUCGUCCCUCCAGAAGGACUCAAUGUCAUGGCCGACUUCAGAUAAAGGAAACACCUAGUCCGAACAAGCCUCUCAUCUUCAAUGCUCGCUAUAUAUCAGGAGGACGACGAUCUGUGACGGUCAGAGAGAGGAAGAGGGCAGUGGCUGCUGCUAAAUCUUUGACUCUAACUCGUCCACAAUUCAUGCUAGUGAUGAAUGUGUAUAAAAGAUUUAAUGUAGCAUGCGUUCUUCUCUUGUUCAAUAAAUUAGAGGAAAUUUAUGGUGAGGAUGCCCUGUACACUCA